AUGUCUUUGACUAAGAAUAUUCUUGCGAAUAUUCUUGGGUACGAAGAUUGUGAUUUCGUCCUCAAAUGGAGCGGAUCCAUACCCAUAAACCCAACAAAACAAAACCUCGGUGCCACUUUUCUCAUUCAUCACAACGCAUGUGAAGUUGAGGUCGCGUCACUCGUCAGCCGCCGGAAAAAGUCACCGACUCAUCCAGGUUUUCCUCUUCUCCUUUUCCCCUUCCCCUCUCCCGGCGCGGCCGUAGCGCGCGACUACGCCAUUCCGCAGCGAUAUACGGCCGCGAAAGCAUACGAAGUAUGA